AAUAGACUUUCUGUGCUCGGUGCCAUCACAAGCACACAACAACGGUUAAAACUUUACUCGCGCGUCCCACCCCAUGGGCUUGUUGUUUAUUGUGGGACUAUAAUGACUGAUGAGGGGAAAGAGCGACGUGUGAAUAUCGACUUCGAACCGUUCAAGCCCAUAAAUACAUCCUUAUAUUUGUGCGAUAACAAGUUUCAUACGGAGGCUCUCGAUGAGCUAUUAGAAGACGACGAAAAGUUCGGCUUCAUUGUGAUGGAUGGAAAUGGUUCUCUUUAUGGCACUCUUCAAGGUAACAAUAGAGAGGUGCUUCACAAGUUUUCAGUUGAUUUACCUAAAAAGCAUGGGCGUGGAGGCCAGUCUGCGCUUAGAUUUGCGCGUCUGCGCAUGGAAAAGCGUCAUAACUAUGUGCGCAAAGUCUCAGAACUUGCCGUCCAAAUGUUCAUCACCGCUGACAAGCCGAAUGUAUCCGGACUUGUCCUCGCGGGAUCGGCCGACUUCAAGAGUGAAUUGCAGACUUCAGACAUGUUUGACCAACGCCUUGCGCGUGUCGUUAUCAAAACAGUCGACGUUAGUUAUGGGGGAGAAAUUGGAUUCAAUCAGGCUAUCGAGUUGUCGGCUGAAACGUUGGGAUCAGUGAAGCUAGUUCAGGAAAAGAGGUUGCUGCAAAAAUAUUUCGAUGAAAUAUCUCAGGACACCGGUAAAUAUUGCUUUAUGGUCAGUGACACUCUGCGAGCGCUCGAACUCGGAGCUGUCGAGAUACUUGUCGUAUGGGAGAAUCUUGAUGUUGACCGAAUUACGCUGCGAAAUCAUGCAGCCGGAGAGGACAAAGUUCUGCACCUUUCCAAGGAGCAACAAGCGAACGAGCAGUAUUUUCAUGAUCCAAUUUCCGGGGUAGAGCUAGAAGUUGUUGAGAAGUUGCCGUUAGUUGAGUGGUUCGCAAACAACUACAAAACAUUUGGUACCUCAUUGGAGUUCGUAACAAAUCGGUCUCAGGAAGGCUCACAGUUUUGUAGAGGAUUCGGAGGUAUUGGUGGUAUCCUGCGUUGGCGGGUGGAUUUUCUUGAGAUUGAUAUGGCUGAGGACGCUGCAGAAAGCUUCACCUAGGAAUGCUGUCUGUUUGGGACCAAACAUUCAAGGAAUUUCAAAUCCGCAUUCAACGAGGGGCUAGAACCUGGAAGGCGGGGAUCUAGGCCUGCCCAGGACUGGGCAGUCUAACGGAACUGAGUUGGCGGCUAGCCGUCUGCGGCUAGUCGCCUCCCUAGGCACGCUUAAGUCGCCCGCGGGAAAUUCG